ACGGUGAAACAGAAAUCCCAGGCGAGAGCAGAACCAGAGAUAAAGGUGAAUGGAGCCUUGUACAACAGACAGGGGAUAGUAGUGUUACACCAUUGUGCACACACAAACACACACAAACACACACACACACAAAUAUUAUCUCACAGGCUAAGGGGGGUCCAUGACUUAUCUGCUUCCAUCCAGUCAUCCCACUCCCAGCAACUCCCCGACUGACACACACAUGCCUCCUGCCCUCUGCACGGCUCACACCGACCCCCGAGGAGGGAAAGAGAAACCGUCCGAAGCACCUCCAGAGCCAUGCUACUUUACCUUCUGCUUGUCCUGGGAUUGGUGGAAGAAGGGAUCUGCAUGCACCGGCCCCAGAAUACUCCCUCUUGUUUAACGGUUAAGAUGAAUGCAUAUUGCUAUAACAAAUCUCUUCAGCAAGUCCCCCUGGACCUACCCCCUGACAUCCAAACACUAGACCUGUCCAACAACGAAAUUGAGAAUAUCACAGAGGAUCCUCUAAUGAUCUAUUCGUUUCUGGAGAACCUUGACCUGAGCUCUAACCAACUGAGCUUCAUUCAGCCGCACUCUUUCAAGGAAAUGCACAAAUUAAAGGAAAUCAAUUUAUCGGGUAACAACUUGGACAGUUUUGUCCAUUAUGGAGUAUCAGGAAUCGGGCUGUUGCCUUAUGUUCAAACAUUAGACCUAUCCCGAAAUAGUUUGUACAAUGACAUGACUGGGUAUUUCAUACAGGAAGCUCCACAACUUCGGUAUAUCUCAUUGUACGAGAAUAGCAUUACAACAAUUUCCUCGGAUAUGUUUCAGGGGUCUCCAUUGCUAGUAGAAGUGAAUUUACAUAAUAACAUUAUCAUGGACAUAGAGGAAGGGGCUUUCGAACACCUGAAGCACCUCUCCAUGAUCAAUCUCUCCAUGAACUCAAUCACUUGCAUCUCAGAUUUUAACCUUCAUCAACUGAAAGUUCUAGAUCUUAGAAAAAACAGCAUUAAAACUUUCCACACGCCCGAAUCUGAUGAAGAGUAUCUUCUGGAGAACUUGGACCUCAGCCACAAUAAACUAUCAAGUUUCCCUCAGCUGCCAAGGAUUAACAACUUGAUCAUUAUAGAUCUGUCCAAAAAUUAUAUACAUUUGGGCACUGAACUCUCUGGUGAAGACCCAGAUUGGAUGAAUUAUUCCUUUCAACUUGAAUUUGGAGAACAAAACCCUCAAAACAUCAGCACAGUUCAUCUGCCGAAGCUCACCCAUUUAGACUUGAGCUACAAUAACAUCAAAUCCAUUCCAGAUGAUUUUUUUUUGACUAUGCCAGCCCUCACAUUCUUAAACUUAAGCAAAAAUUGCAUUCAGGUUUUAUCUUUGGGUCACUUUAGUGGGUUGAACUCAUUGGUCACCCUUGACCUUAGCGCCAAUUCUAUCCAGAAUCUGUCCCUGAGUACAAACUCAUUGCUCAGUUUACAAGAACUUUACUUACAUCACAAUCAAAUACACCUGCUAGAACCCAGAAUCUUUCAAAGACUGGAGAGCAUUGUAAUGCUCCAUCUCCAAGGGAACCGUGUUGCUCCAUGCAUGGCAGAUUUGGGCGAAGCAAAACGGAGAACUCAUGUGGAGGAAUACAGGUGCGUGGAAUUUUUUAACAUUCCUACCCUCCAACAUUUAAACCUCAGAGAGAACAUGAUACAAAGGGUACCACACUCUGCCUUUUGGGGGACUUCUUUGAAGGUGCUCGAUCUGUCAAUGAACUUGGGUGUUAAAAUGAAGCCAAAUGCCUUGUCCGGCUUAGAAGAGACUCUUGAAGUGUUAUCUAUGGAAGGAAAUGGUCUUCCAUCAUUGAACGUAGACUUUCCUUUUUUUACUCAUCUGAAGUAUUUAAACCUGUCGGGAAAUCAGUUAUCGGUGUUGCCCGAGUGGAACGGCAAUUGCCACCUCGAGACCCUCGAUCUGAGCCACAACAGCUUUACUGACCUGGAAGUCAGCAAUAUCCAAGUAUUAGAGAACACCCUAAAAACUCUUUCGUUAUACGGAAACCCUCUCAGUUGUUGUGCGAACACAUGGAUUUCUCAUAUGAUUCAGAGGACCACGGUGACGUUUACGGCCCUCAAUGCCACCACGUGCAACGUCUCCAAGCUUUAUGAAGGGGAGAUACUGGUUGAACAGAUGAAUCCGGAUAUCUGUGAGAAGGACUGGAAGAAAGUGAACGUUAUUGUGACUUUGGUGCUAGUGCUGUUGGUUGUCGCCAUUGGAAUUAGUUUUUUCUUCUGUUUUUGCCGAAAUCGUUUGAAUAGGAAAUAUAAAGCAUAGUGGUGGUUGCAGGAUUAGGCACCGGUGGGUCAUGUUUAUCUUGAGACAACUUAAUAUUUAUCAAUAAAUAUCAAAUAUAGGGCCAGAUUCAAUUCAAUGAGUAAAUGUAUCUCCACAUUUAUCUUAUGGUUCGUGAAAACUCAUGGACAAGAUAUAAUUAGAGGAGAAAAACUCCAAAAAUCAGUUCCAGUUUUUACAUGACAAAUGGUAAAGGUUUUUCUCAAUAAUUGAGUCUGUACCCUAAUACCAAUUCCUAAGGAGGGUUUCCACCCGUCAAGGGAGGUGUCACAAGAGGACAUUAGAGGGUUGUCUGUUAUCAUAAAACCACACAUAGUUGUAAUGGGAUUGUAUUGUUAUUUAUUACCCUAUGUUUUAACCCAAACUUUUCCUUAUUUAUCUUAAUUUCUCUCCACAAAGAAGCCACUUAUUCAACCCUCUCUUGGUAGGGAAUCCCAUAACCUGACUGUCCUUACAGUAAAGAACCCCUUCCUAUGCUGAUGGUUAAAUCUC